CCUGAUUCGGGAUCUCAGGGAUCCCCUGGAAUAAGAUCUGGGCUCUCAGGGGUCCAUGGGAUGGGGUUUGGGAUCGCAGGAAUCCUCAGGAUGGGAUCUGGGCUCUCAGGGAUCCUCGGGAUGGGAUUUGGGAUUUGGUUUGGGACCUCAGGGAUCCCUGGAAUGGGAUCCAGUCGCUCUGAUCCCGCUCUUUUGGCUUCCAGCACCCGAGGCAGCCGAGGAGGAGGAGGAGGAGGAGCAGAUGCCGCCCUUCAGCUCCGGGGCGGGCGUGUUCCGGAAGGUGGAUUCCAUCUCCGAGGAGAUCAGCUCAUCCCAGACCUUGUACGAGCAGAAACUCCUCUCCCUGCAGGAGGAUCUCCAGGGAUUGGGUGAGAGGAGCUCCGGGAACGGCUCCCCCGGGGUCGCGGCCCGCCUGCAGAAUUCCCUGCGGGAUCUGGCCCGGCAGCGCUCGGAGGCGGGAGAGGCGGCGGAGCGGCUGAAUUCCAGCCUGGAGCAGAAUUCCCAGCGGCUCCGCUCGCUCCGGAGGCAGGCGGACGAGGAGGCUCUGGCGCUGCGCAGGGUGGCGAGCGAGUGGCAGAACGCCACGCGGGUUUUGGGGACGCUCCGCGCCGCUUCAUCGCGGAGCUCCGAGCUGCUCCGGAGCCUGCAGGCCGGGCUGGGCUCGGCGGUUCGGGAAGUAUCCCGGAAUUCCGAGGGCAUGCAGGAGCUGGCGCUGCAGCUGCUGGGGCUGCAGCUGCAGCUGGACAACAUCUCCUCGCAGCUGGACGAGCAGCAGGAGAGCGCGCAGGACCUGCGGCACCGCCGCGGCCACGGGCGGAACCGCACCGAGGAGCGCUUCCAGGAGCUGGAAUCCCGGCUGGAAUCGCUGCAGCUGGAAACCCGGACCAUCCUGGCCAACGUGGAGGCCACGGACGGCCACGUGCAGGGCAUGCUGCGCUUCCUGGACGCCGUGCGCUUCUCCUGCGACCGGGAAUUCCGCGGGCAGGCCGAGGAGCUGCGGGAGCUCAAGAGGUCGCUCGGGAUGCUGCAGGCGGCCACGGAGGAGCUGCGGGAGCGCUCCGGGAUGCUGGGAGCGCGGCUGGAAUUCGGCGUGAGGAACCUGUCGCUGGUGGUGGAGGAGAUGAGGGCGGUGGAUGCGCGGCACGGGGAGAUGCUCCGGAACGGCUCCGAGCUCCGAGGCGCUCCGGGGCUCCCGGGCCCCCGCGGCCUCAGGGGCGAUGUCGGAUCCAGGGGCGCGCCGGGAGAGCCGGGCCAGAAGGGCGACCUUGGGGAUUUGGGACCGCCGGGAUCGCCGGGAUCUCCGGGACCUCCG